GGGACAAGGACAACCCAUUUCCGCCUUUUCUGUUUACUGUUCUUCCGUCCAGUAUGCUACGAAGGACAGGGCAGUUUGCUCUUUAAAAACAACUACACAUACGUGUUGUAACCAUGAGUGAAUGCAUGAACUUUACUGAGGGGGAGUUCUAUCAGGAGCAUUUUGACUCGUGUGCAUAUGCUAAGAAUUUCUAUUCCUGCCCUCGCGGUCACUCUGACGAGAAAGAUUUCCUUACUUUCAUUUUAAGAUGCCUUAGCCGAGUUUUCUCAACGGGAAAACACAGAGGUCAGAGGCUGAUUGAUGUUGGCAGCGGACCAUCUAUCCACAGCGUCUUAAGCGCAUGCGAAUAUUAUGACGAAAUUGUGCUGUCUGAUUUCGCUGAUAACAAUCGUAGAGAACUUGAAAAAUGGUUGAAAAACCAAGAAGGCUGUUUAGAUUGGAAACCUAUUUUGCAGUGCGUUUGUGAACUUGAGGGGAAAAGCCCGUCUGAUUUGGAGGCUUCGCUGAAGCAACGAGUCAAAAAUAUUUUAAAAUGUGAUGUCCGGUUGGAGAAUCCAUUCUAUCCGCACACAUUGGAACCAGCUGACUGCGUGAUUACAUCUCUGUGCCUGGAAGCAGCGUGUAAAGACAUUCAGACAUACCGUCGCGCUUUACAUGGGCUGACCAAGCUCCUGCGUCCUGGUGGACUUUUGGUCAUGGUAGGUGUUCUGGGUGAGACCUUCUACAAGGUGGAUGAACAGCCCUUUUCUUGUCUAAAACUGAAUCAGUAUGAUAUUGAGGAAGCGCUCAGAUGUUUAGGCCUCUCUAUCCACGAGUUUAAUAUACUGUCUGCAGAUGACCAGAACAAAUCCGUGUCUGACUUUGAGGCUGUUUUUCUUCUUGUGGCGAGAAAACCUUCUGACUGACUGACCAAAAAUGAAUUUAUAUACAGCAAAAUCAAUUUAAAGCUUGAGCACGCCUAAAUCAAUUUUUUUUUUCUUGUUUACUAAUAAAUGGCACAAUAUUUUAGAUGAAUAUGGAAUGCAUAAUUCUUAAAACUAUACCACACUGUAUGGAAUUUUUAAACUAACUAAUUAUGAAGUAACAUUUAUUUUCUCCUACAGGCCUAACAAGCGAACUUUUAAAUAGAGUCUGUGUGUUGGACUGUGUGUUGCAACAAGUGGAAAAAUGUUGCUGUGCUGGCUAGACAGUAUCCUUCUAGAUAUAAGAAGUCUAUAAAAAAAAUGUUUUGACCUAUUGAGUAAUCAGUGAACUAGUAACCUGGAGAUUUUUGAUGAUUCUGUGAUUCAGUUGUUCAAAUUUCAAUUUACUCUGCCAGUAAGCGUGGUAGAGGAACUAUGUUGUUUUUCUCAAAUCUGAACCAAUAUAUUAAGAUUGAUGAUUAUGAGUAAUAGAUCAUGUUAUACUGACUGUGUGAUGUACCCGAAAUCCUAUAAAACCUGCUGUAUUUUUUUUUUUUUUUUGGAGAAGAGGGAUUCUCUGAGAUUGAUGAGAACUGAUGAUUAAAGCAUUCAAGGACAACAAA